AUGGUUGGUUCCUUUGAAGAGCCUCUUAGCUCGUUCACUUACGCCGAUGUUCUUCUCGGUCUCAUCGCUUUCGAGGCGUCUGGUCUCAACACUUCUCUCACAUCGUGUUCGGCCGGUCAGACAGUGCCAGUCUCACUGGUAGCUGAGUGCCAUCUGCCGACAAGUCGGAGCGAACAGUCGAGCGGUUGGAAACCGGCAGAUCGGAUAGUUUUCGACCCCGUCCGUCUGGAGAUCACUCUUAUAUCCGAGCCUCAGGCCGGUUCAGCAGCUCCUGUGACUCGGGCACACCUCGAUGGCAACAGAGCUGGCCUUCCACAACUGAUUCGCACAAGUCCGGUUGACCUGAUCCCGGCAACCGAUACCCUUUUGUCGCCGAACCAUUUGACGGCAAGAGCAAGCCAAGUCAGAGCCAAUCCUAUGCGUCUCAUUUAUGUAGUUACCAGCCCUCCAGCACGGCAACAGCAGGUGAGCUGUUAA